GCGACUGCACUAGGCAGGAUCACUGUAGGUGUCUUGUCUCGUCAAAGACUUGUUUUCCUUUAAUUUUGAUUAUUCUUCAUUGAAUCAUCAACUUCAGUCCUCCAUGUACAGCCACAAAAAUAUUGUCGAUGGCAAACAUUAAAUUCAUGCACAGCCACAAAAAUAUUGUCGAUGGCUAACAUUAAAUUGAGUCAAUGGAAAAACAAGAAAAAAAAGUUCUCAUUAAAACUGAGUAUAUUUUAUUUAGUUUAUUGUGGGUUUGCCUGAUUACUAUUUGUUUAAAGAUGGAUACAAUAAAAAACAAUUCAUGGCUUUUUUUUUCUAUUCUAGUUUUUGGUUUUGCCAUGUGCACUAAACCCUAUCAUAUAAUUGCUGCGGAUACAAUUUCUUCUGGUGAUUCUCUAACUGGAGAUCAAACUAUUAUAUCAAAGAGUGAUAGAUUUGUAUUGGGUUUCUUCAAACCAGGUAUGUCUCAGAAUUACUAUAUAGGUAUUUGGUACUCUUACAAUAAAGUCUCAGUUCAAACUGUUGUUUGGGUUGCGAACAGAGAUGCACCUCUUCUUGAUCCAUCUACUUCAAAGUUAACACUUUCAGAUGGAAACUUAGUUUUACUUAGUGGUUAUAGUGAUUCACCAAUUUGGUCUACUAAUUUAGCUUCAAGUACUCUGAAUACAACGGAAGUAGUUCUUGGUGAUGAUGGGAAUCUUGUUCUAAGAGAUAUAUCGAAUCCAUCAGUUGUCAUUUGGCAGAGUUUUGAUUAUCCAACUAAUACUUGGUUGCCUGGUGGAAAAAUUGGGUUCAAUAAAAGAACUAACCAAAGUCAGACGCUUACUUCAUGGAGAAGUCGAGAAGAUCCAGCCACGGGAUUUUACAGCCUAAAAUCAAAUGGAACAAAUCAGUAUUUCAUAUACUGGAACAACUCCGAAGAAAUUUGGAAAAGUGGGGAGUGGGAUGAAAGAUUAAAAACUUUUUCUUCAACUCCUUUUCUGAGUUCCAAUUCCAUUUACUAUUAUAAUUAUAUUUCAAAUGUAAAUGAGAGUUAUUUUACUUAUAAUUUUUACAACAAGUCUACUAUUUCUAGAUAUGUUAUGGAUCUUUCUGGCCAAACCAAGCAAUUUCUAUGGACGGAAAGCACACGUAAUUGGACUAUGGUUUGGGUUGAACCCAAACGAUUGUGUGAUGUUCAUAGUAUAUGUGGACCUUUUGGCAACUGUAACCAGGAUACCCAGAAGUGUGAGUGUUUGCCAGGUUUCGCCCCGCGAUCGACUACAGAUUGGAGUCUACAAGAUACAUCUGGCGGGUGUGUCAGAACCAUGCCUUUUCAAUGUGGGAGUACGGAUGGUUUUUCACCGAUCUCAACCUCAAAUUUGCCUGAUUAUCCCCAGCUGUCACCAGAAAUCGAUAGCGCCGAAGAAUGCAAAUCAGCAUGCCAGGCUAAAUGUUCCUGCAACGCUUACAGUUUUGACCGUCAGUGUCAAUUGUGGGAUGGAGAUAUAAUGAAUUUUAAUCAACUUACAUCAUCUGAGAGACCAGCAACUUUCUAUCUCAGACGUGCCGCAGACGAAAUUCGCAGUCCAGCUCCAGUAUCUACUGCUGAAGUCAGAAAGAGAAAUGCCUUACUUUGGAAGAUUGGCGUACCUGUUUUCAUUUUGGUGGCAACUAUCAUGGGCGUCUCAGGAUAUAUUUAUCAAAGCAAGAGAAAUAAGGCUAAUAGAAGAGGAGGAUUGAAAGGACUCCAAGGGGUGUUGGCGGAAUUACUGAAAUCCAAGGCUACCUACAACGACUCUCCAAAUACAAACAUGUUUGAUGAUGGUAAAACAGAAGAAGAAACACAGGAAUUGCAAAUAUUUAAUCUUGCUUGUUUAACCCUUGCUACAAAUAACUUCUGCUGGAAAAAUAAGUUGGGAGAAGGAGGUUUUGGGCCAGUUUAUAAGGGAAAGCUACAAAACGGGCAGGAAAUAGCAGUGAAAAGACUGUCUACAAACUCUGGCCAGGGUAUUGAAGAGUUCAAGAACGAGGUUGUAUUAAUCUCAAAACUUCAACACCGUAACCUUGUGAAAUUGUUGGGUUGCUGCAUUGAAGGAAAAGAAAACAUGCUAAUUUAUGAAUACAUGCCCCAAAGAAGCCUGGAUGCAUUUCUGUUUGAUCCAAGGAAGAAAGCACGCCUAGAUUGGGAUAAGCGCUUCGAUAUUAUUGGAGGGGUUGCUCGUGGCCUUCUUUACCUACACCGCGAUUCUCGUUUAAGAGUUAUUCAUAGAGAUCUCAAAGUCAGUAACAUUCUAUUGGAUGAUAACAUGACCCCAAAAAUUUCAGACUUUGGAAUGGCACGGAAAUUUUGUGGUGACCAAAUUAUGGCUAAUACUAGCAGGGUUGUUGGCACAUUCGGUUACAUGUCUCCGGAGUAUAUAAUGGGAGGCACAUUUUCAGAGAAGUCAGAUGUCUUUAGUUUCGGAGUACUGAUACUAGAAAUUGUGAGCGGUAAGAGAAAUAACAGCUUUUACAAGGAUGAACAUCCUGUAAACCUCCUACUUCAUGCUUGGAGACUUUGGAAUGAAGGAAAAUGGUCAGAAGUUGUUGAUGAAGCUUUGGGUGAUUUGUAUUCUCAAUCAGAAGUGAUGAAAUGUGUACAUAUUGGCCUGUUAUGCGUUCAAAAUAGAGCAAUAGAUAGGCCAACCAUGGGUGAAGUGGAUACCAUGCUUGGCAGUGAAACUGAUCGUCCAGCUCCCAAAGAACCUCCAUUUACUUCUCCGGGAUCAUCAGAUAAGUCUGGUUCUGAAUCGAUUCAUUCAAAUAACAAUUUCACUAUAACUACCAUUGAGGGUCGAUAGGAUGAUCGAUCUAUUCCUUACACAUUCGAAUAAGUUAAAGUCUAUGAAAGAAAUAAUUAUAUCCUAUGUGACACUAUAUUCGCAAAAUUUGGGAGUGAAAUCAGAUGUUUAUCUAUUUCGAUCAUUCGCCAUGAUUGUAACCUUAAUGGACGACCAUUAAAUAAAUGAC